AAAAACAAGUGGUGGAAUUAGUUGGAAGGAGUAGAUUGUAUCCAGGAUCUCGAAUAUUGAUUACAACUAGAAAUAAAGAUGUUUUUCGAAUAAGUAGACCAAACUAUCAAAUCUUAGAAUAUGAAAUGGAGGUGAUGAGUAGUGAUUGUGCGCUUGAGCUUUUUAGUAGGCAUGCAUUUAACAAAGACUCUCCAUCAGAUGAUUACAAGGAACUUUCGAGGCAAAUCGUAUCUACCACUGGGAGACUUCCGCUGGCAAUUGAAGUAAUUGGUUCAUUCCUCUUUGAGAGAAGGCAACCAAUAUGGAAUGAAACAUUGGAUAAGUUAAGCAAAGCACCUCACGAAGAUGUUUUUGAAAAGUUGAAGAUCAGUUAUGAUGCCUUAACUUUCGAGCAACAACAAAUUUUCCUCGAUAUCGCAUGCUUUUUCAUUGGUGAGCAUAUGGCGAAUGCAAUUUACAUGUGGAAAGAUUGUGAUUUUUUCCCGGAUACUGGACUUGAUGUCCUAAUUAGCAUGUCAUUGGUAAAGAUUGUGGAAAAUGCAUUUUGGAUGCACGAUCAACUCAGAGAUCUUGGAAAGGAAAUAGUUCGUCAAGAAAAUCCAAUAAAUCCUACAGAGCGGAGUAGGGUAUGGAUUGACACGGAGGUCCUCGAUGCAAUAAGAACAAAGGAGAUGAAGAAGAACGUUCAAGCACUGGAUCUUUAUCUAGGCAAUAAACCUAAGGUCACUAUUAAAAGCAAAGAGAUUGGAAGAUUUGAACGCCUGAGGUACCUCAAAUUACAUUCGGGAACCUUCAGCGGUAACUUAGCGAAUAGUCUUACCAAUUUAAGGUGGAUUGUUUGGAGAUAUCCUCCUUGCUUGUUUCUUAAGCCAGCCAAUAUUUGCUUAAAAAAAGUGGUCGUUCUUGAAUAUUCAGACGAUCCCUGCAUGGAUAAUUCGAAGCUAUAGAGCUUAAUCAAGAUGGCAGGAAAAUUGAAAGUUCUUUCUCUUGCAAGGUGUUACAACAUAAAAAGAAUGCCAGACUUCUCCGGAUGUCCAUAUUUAGAGAGGCUUAGAAUCAAAACAUGUUAUAAUUUGAGGAAAAUUGGUGGCUCUAUUGGGAAGUUGGAGUUUCUAAUUGAUUUGAAGAUUAGCAAUUGCAAUUAUCUUGAAGAUUUGCCAAAAGAGAUUGAGAACCUUGUGAAUUUGAAGUACUUCUCUGUUAAAAAUUGUCCACUGACUCGAUUCCCAGAUUCUGUAUGGAACUUGAAAUCAUUACGGGAGUUGCACUUUGACGACGGACCAAAUAUAUGGGCUUUACAUAGUUCUAAGUUACCUAGUUCUGACAUUAGACUAAAUUCAUGGGAGUUACCUAGUUUGAUAAUGCUUCAGAAUCUACAAGUGCUUCGAAUCAGUCGUCUGGGUUUAAGAGGUCGACUUCCGUCGGCAAUAGGAAGUUUGCCUAUUUUAAGAAUCCUAUGCUUGUCAUACACUUGCAUUAGUGAAGUUCCGGAGACAAUAAAUCUGCUUCCUUGCCUGCAAACUCUCGAGUUGAUGAAUUGUAAUGAGAUUGAAGAACUACCAACACUUCCUACAAGUUUAACCAAUCUAAAAGUGUCAUCCAAAUCGUUACGGGUGGUCCCAGACCUUUCAAAUUUGACUAAUUUGGUUAUGUUGUACCUAUCUGACAACUUUGUUGAGAGACAAUGAGGUAAAUUUUAUCCUAGUGACUUAGGGUGGAUUGGGAGGUUAUCCAAACUGAAUCAGUUGGCCUUGGAACUUGACAAUGUCCCUGCUCCUUCUGAGUUGGCUUCCCUUUCUCAAUUAAAGACAUUGAAUUUGUCUAGUAUGGACUUGCGAUCACUCACACGACUUCCACCGUCUCUGCUAAAUUUAGUCCUUUAUGACUUAAAUUCAACCAUAUCACUCUCAUCCAAAUUAGAAAAUUUGUCAACAUUAGUUAUCUUUGGGUGUCGAUUACAAGAAAUUCAACUCGACGGGCUUCAACUUCAAAAUUUGGCGCAGUUGUCCCUGUAUGGUGGUGAAUCUGUGGAGAGAGUCGGGCUAUCAAACAUGAGUAAACUCAGAGACUUAAGCAUAAGUGGCUUAAAGCUAGUUGAGAUCCAAUUUGCUGGGGUGCUUGAAUCAUUGGAAAAAUUUUCCAUCAGAAGGUGCAAGUCCUUGGGAAGGCUAGCAUACGCGGGUGAAGUAGAGUCUGCUAAUGAGUUUAUUAUUGAGGAAGGGACCCUAAUUCUUCUGUCAAGAGUAUUAUGUAAG